AAAGCGAAAUACAACAACCUGGGCGGCUCAGUUGCCGUCGGUCACAAGUUAACACUCCACGCGAUCUCCACCGAAGUCGGUCCGAGGAAUUGGCCGAUUUGUCCGAGAUAGUCGCCCGGUUCAUUAGGGGAUUUGGAUUUGGAAUUGAAAUUGAAAGUGCUUUGUUGUCUUCGCCACUCGAUAUUCAGCUGGGUGUUGCCAGCGAAGGCCUUUUGCGAUUGCAUUCAGGGUUUAAUCAAUUCGAAAUAGCUGGCCCCACAAUACAACAGCCAAUCAGCGGAUACAAUUCAACAGUUCAACAUGAAAGUGAUGCAACGCGUGCUCUUUGUCGGCUGCCUCAUAGUAGGUGCAGGUAUGGUGAGGUCACAGGACUACCAGGACUACCAGGAGAACACACCAAGGGCUGCUCCUAUUCGGCUGAGGGCUAAUGCCGCUCCUGCUCGCGCUGAAGCGCCACGUGCCGAUCCAGUGGCAAUCCUCAAGCAGAUCAACAAGCACAAUGAAGAUGGCUCCUACACUUAUGGCUACGAGGGAGCCGAUGGAUCCUUCAAAAUCGAGACCAAGUUGGCCACUGGCGAGGUGAAGGGCAAGUACGGCUAUGUGGACGAGACCGGAAAAGUUCGAGUGGUGGAGUACGGAGCCAACAAGUAUGGCUUCCAGCCAUCUGGAGAAGGCAUCACAGUGGCACCACCCACACUGGUGGAUGAAACCCUCAAGGAGGAACCAGAUUACGCAGAUGAGCCGGCACCACAGCGGCCUCAGAAACCCUAUCGUGUUCAGCGACCCCAGCCACGCCCACAGCCCCGCCCACAACCUCAGCCGCAGUAUGUGCAAUACGAGGAGGAGGAGGAGCCACCGCGUCGGGUUCAGUAUGCCCCCGCUCCUCAACCACAGCCACAGCCUCAACCGCUGCCGCAACCACAACAUCUGCCACAACAGCACCACCAGCCGUCGGUGGGUCCGGCACCGCCAAGACUCCAGGUUCCCGGCGCUCAGCGCACCACCGACGUGCUCUACUCACCACUGCAGCGACCUGCUCGCCCUGAACCGGAUUACUCGCAAUCGCAGAGCUUCGGCGAUGGUCCCUCCAACGUGCGGAUUUCCCGGCCCGUUUACGCCCUGCCCCCCGCCUCACCAGCUCCGAGCAGUGCCCGGGCCCAGGGAUUCCUGGCUCCCGCCUCCGGGGGACGUCCGCUGCUGGAGCCAGUGGGUUUCGGCCAGUCUCAGGGACCCAGCGCUCGUCCUGUGCAACAGCAGCCGAGCUUCCAGCCGCAGCCGCGGCCACAGGCUCGUAGUGGUGGAGGAGGUGGCUCGGGAUUGCUGGAUCAGUUAGCCCGGGACUACGCCCUGCCCCAGGGAAAUGCCCAGCCGCUGCACGACAUCACCUUCGGCUACUACUGAGCUGGAAUUUAGCAGGCGGUUGCAGUGCCCAUCUUCCUGAAUAACCCACAGAUUCCUUGCUUCUAGGUCCUAAUCGCACAGGUGUGCCCUGUCCUCAGAUUUUCUAAGCGAUAAUAAAAAUUCCCUAAAAUAAA